CAAAGUGGUCAUCUUAUUUCCCAUAAGAAGAUCCACACAGGGGAGAAGCCAUUCAAAUGCAUGGAGUGUGGAAAGGCCUUUACUCAGAGCACUGGACUCAAAAGACACAAAAUGAUACACACAGGAGAGAAACCAUAUAAAUGCAUGGAAUGUGGAAAGACCUUUGCUCUGAGCAGUAGACUUACUAUACACAAAAAGAUGCACACGGGGGAAAAUCCAUUUAAAUGCAUGGAGUGUGGAAAGACCUUUGCUCUGAGCAGUAGACUUACUAUCCACAAAAAGAUCCAUACGGGGGAAAAGCCAUUUAAAUGCAUGGAAUGUGGAAAGACCUUUGCUCGUAGAGAUAAUCUUAUUUCCCACAAAAUGAUCCACACAGGGGAGAAGCCGUAUAAAUGCAUGCAGUGUGGGAAAACUUUUACUCAUAGCAGAGGACUUACUAUCCACAAAAAGCUCCACACAGGAGAGAAACCAUAUAAAUGCAUGGACUGUGGAAAAACCUUUGCUCUGAGCAGUAGACUCACUAUCCACAAAAAGAUCCACACAGGAGAGAAGCCGUAUAAAUGCAUGGAGUGUGGAAAGACCUUUGCUCUAAGUAGGAGACUCACUAUCCACAAAAAGAUCCACACAGGAGAAAAGCCAUAUAAAUGCAUGGAGUGUGGAAAAACCUUUGCUCUGAAUAGUAGACUCACUAUCCACAAAAAGAUCCACACAGGGGAGAAGCCAUAUAAAUGCAUGGAGUGUGGAAAGACCUUUGCUCAAAGAGGUAAUCUUAUUUCCCACAAGAUGACCCACAUAGAGGAGAAGCUGUAUAAAUGUGUAGAGUGCGGAAAGAAAUUUGCUCAACGCAGUUAUCUUGCUUCCCAUAAAAAGAUCCACACAGGAGAGAAACCAUAUAAAUGCAUGGAGUGUGGAAAGACCUUUGCUCUGAACAGUAGACUUACUAUCCACAGAAAGAUCCACUUAGGGGAAAAGCCAUUUAAAUGCAUGGAGUGUGGAAAGACUUUUGCUCAACGCAGUAAUCUUGUUUCCCAUAUAAGAAUCCACACAGCAGAGAAGCCAUAUAAAUGCAUGGAGUGUGCAAAGACCUUUGCUCACAGCAGUGGACUUAGUUGCCACAAAAAGAUCCACUCAGGAGAGGAACCAUAUAAAUGUCUGGAGUGUGGCAAGACCUUUGCUCAGAGCAGUGGACUUAGUUGCCACAAAAAGAUCCACAUAGGGGAAAAGCCAUAUAAAUGCAUGGAGUGUGGAAAGACCUUUGCUCAAAAACGUCAUCUUUUUUUUCAUAAGAGGAUCCACACAGGGGAGAAGCCGUAUGAAUGCAUGGAGUGUGGAAAGACAUUUACUCAGAGCAGUGGACUUAGAAGCCACGAAAAGAUCCACACAGGGGAAAAGCCAUUUAAAUGCAUGGAGUGUGGAAAGACCUUUGCUCAAAGAGGUAAUCUUAGUUGCCAUAAAAGGAUCCACACAGGGGAAAAGCCAUAUAAAUGCAUAGAGUGUGGAAAGACCUUUGCUCAAAGACCUAGUUUUAUUUCCCAUAAGAUGAUCCACACGGGGGAGAAGCCGUAUAAAUGCAUGGAGUGUGGAAAGACCUUUGCUCAAAGAAGCCACCUUAUUCGCCAUAAGAUGAUCCACACAGGGGAGAAGCCGUAUAAAUGCAUAGAGUGUGGAAAGACCUUUGCUCAAAGAUAUCAUCUUAAUUCCCAUAAGAUGAGCCACACAGGGGAGAAACCAUAUCAAUGCAUGAAUUGUGGAAAGAGCUUUGCUCAGAAUCGUAGUCUUAUUUCUCAUAAAAGGAUCCAUGCUCGAGAGAAACUAUAGAAACCAUUUAAAUGCGUGGAGUGUGGAAAGAUCUUUGCUCUGAGCAGUAAACUUACUGUCCACACAAGGAUACACACAGGGGAGAAGCCACAUAAAUGCACAGAGUGUGGAAAGACCUUUGCUCAAAGAGGUAAUCUUACUUCCCAUAUGAUGAUUCACACAGGAGAGAAACCAUAUAAAUGCAUUGAGUGUGGAAAGACCUUUGCUAAACACAGUUAUCUUGCUUCUCAUAAAAAGAUCCACACAGGAGAAAAGCCAUAUAAAUGCAUGGAGUGUGGAAAGACCUUUCCUCUGAGCAGUAGACUUACUAUCCACAAAAAGAUCCACAUGGGGGAAAAGCCAUUUAAAUGCUUGGAGUGUGGAAAAACAUUCGUUCGAAAAGAUCAUCUUAUUUCCCAUAAAAUGAUCCACACAGGGGAAAAGCCGUAUAAAUGCAUACAGUGUGGGAAAACCUUUACUCAUAGCAGAGGACUUACUAUCCACAAAAAGCUCCACACAGGAGAGAAACCAUAUAAAUGCAUGGAGUGUGGAAAGACCUUUGUUCUGAGCAGUAGACUCACUAUCCACAAAAAGAUCCACACAGGAGAAAAGCCAUAUAAAUGCAUUGAGUGUGGAAAGACCUUUGCUCAGAGCAGGAGCCUCACUAUCCAUAAAAAGAUCCACACUGGAGAAAAGCCGUAUAAAUGCAUCGAGUGUGGAAAGACCUUUGCUCUGAACAGUAGACUCACCAUCCACAAAAAGAUCCACACAGGGGAGAAGCCGUACAAAUGCAUGGAGUGUGGAAAGACCUUUGCUCAAAGAGGUAAUCUUAUUUCCCAUAAGUUGAUCCACACAGGGGAGAAGCCGUAUGAAUGUACAGAAUGCGGAAAGAAAUUUGCCCAGCGUGGUUAUCUUGCUUCCCAUAAAAGAAUCCAUACAAUUGAAAAACCAUAUGAAUGCAUGAAUUGUGGAAAGACCUUUGCUCAGCGCAGUUAUCUUGUUUCCCAUAAAAAAAUCCACACAGUGGAGAAGCCAUAUAAAUGCAUGGAAUGUGGAAAGAGCUUUGCUCAGAGUCGUAGUCUUACUUCUCAUAAAAGGAUCCACACUCAGGAGAAACUAUAUAGUAAUAACAAUUUCACUUAGACUUAUAUGUCACUCCACAAUGCUUUCUGGCACUCUUAAGAGAUUUAGAAAGUCAGCAUAUUGUCCCCAGCAAUCUGGCUACUCAUUUUACCGACCUCAGAAAGAUGAAAGGCUAAAUCAACCCCUGAGCCGGUCACAAAGAGGAAAGGGUCAAAUGUUUUUCCAAAGCCCCAAUGGGCAAGAUAAGAAACAAUGGAUGGAAACUAAUCAAGGAGAGAAGCAACCUGCAAUUUCCUUACAGUGAAGGACAAUUAACCAGUGGAAAAGCUUACCUUUAGACAUUGUGGGUGCUUCAUCACUGGACGUUUUUAAGAAGAGACUGUACAGUCACUUGUCUGAAAUGAUGUAGGAUCUGCUUGAGCUGGACUAGAAGAGCUCCAAACUCCGUUCCAGGUAUAUUCUGAUUUUGAUUCUGAAUUCUCAAUCCUUUUUUUUUUUUUUUUUGCUUUUUUGCUAAGUAGGAAGUUUUUAAGUGAACAUGAGCAUCAGUGGAGCUUAAGGUUAUCACUUGGCCUGGAAGUGAUGUGUGGCUGCCAGUAUUCAAGUGGUGGAGAUUCCUCAAUCAUUUCGAGAAUCUCCCUCUGAUGAGUAUAUCCACUAGAGCAGAGUUGCAGGCAGAAAUGCAAUUAGUCUUAAAUCCCUUACUAUUGUUUCAGCUUUUCUUAACUUUUCUUACUAUUGCCACAAUCUGCCUUUACACCCUGCUUUACAUUAUGUAAUGCAAGUAAUAACCGAGAAAGAAAACCAUAAGGACAACGGGGUUGUAGUGAUGCUGAAUGAAAGAAUGCAACUCAUAGGUUCUUUGUCCUAACUUUGUGGUGAUUUUCCCUUGCCUUCCCUCAUCUUGCCCAUCUCUGGACUCACACAAUCUUAUCAAUAACGUUUUUAAAGUGAGGUCUCCAGAAGUCAACAGUAUUCCAAAUGGUGUUUCACUAAAACCCUAUGUAGAGGGAUAGGACCUCCUUUUUUGCUGAUGGUGAUACAUCUGGUGAUACCUCUCAGAAUUUUGUUUGCCUUCCCAGCUGCCUGGCCACACUGUUUACUUAUUUUGCAGUUAUAAUUUUUUCAGUGCCAUGGCAACUUUUUUCACAUAAUUGUGUAAAAAAACCACUACUUGAACUCUUUUUUUCAAAUGCAGAAUAGUUGUAGCAUUGUGUCUGUUCUGAGCUUCAUCCACACGGGGAGUGUUAAAACAAGUAGUGUCAAUUCUCAAAAUGACUCCGCCUGAAUUCAUAUUUUUCUUGCUUCUUUUCUUAGUUGCCAUACUUAUUGGGAAGGGGGGAUUUCUGGAAUAUAGAAUGUUUUCUCCAAUGUGCCAGACAUAAAAAGAUAAGUGUCCUGAGAACAAAGGCCAAAUCAGAAUGCCCUAGCAACAGUAAGAGGGAGUGUUGAGAAGUUCAUCAUUUGCUUGCAAUAGUAAGCAAAUGAUGACUUCUGACAUGAGAGGGGGUGGACGUAACUAUUCUUUACUUAUACCAAAAAUGCAGGAAUUGUUCAAUGUUUGUUUUAAACUUUGACCAUGCCCAUAUGAUGUACCCAAUAAAGUGGAUUUUUAAGGG